AUGGCGGUAGUGCGCAGAUGCUGCUCCUACACCACCACAGACACCUCUCAAAGGGUCCGACUUAAAGAUGAGUUCAUUUGCAGGCCGAAUGAAGGAAUAUCCCACAAUGUCUCUGGAUCGUUUCGACCGGGAGAACUUACAUGCCCGGGCAUAUUUCCUCUCCCACUGUCACAAAGAUCACAUGAAAGGACUGAAAGGAACAAAACUGAAGAGGAAGCUGCAGUUCAGUCGCACAGUCAGGCUGUACUGCUCAUUUGUGACCAAAGAACUUCUGCUGAGCAGUCCCAAGUUGCGUUGGAGCUGGAGAGCCCUACACAGAUAUCUCUGGUUGACGAGGCAUCUGGAGAGAAAGAAGAUAUUGUGGUCACAUUGCUCCCUGCAGGCCACUGUCCCGGCUCUGUAAUGUUCCUGUUCGAGGGUUCUCGGGGAAACGUGCUGUACACGGGAGACUUCAGGUUGGCCGGCGGAGACGUCCCGAGAAUGGAACAUCUGCACUCUGGCAGCAGAGUGAAGGACAUUCAGAGUGUUUAUCUGGACUCUACGUUCUACGACCCACGAUUCUACCAGAUUCCUACUCGGGAGGUUUGUCUGAGCGGCAUCUUGGAGCUCGUGGGGAACUGGAUCGCUCAGAGUCCGUAUCAUGUUGUUUGGCUGAACUGCAAAGCUGCGUAUGGAUAUGAAUACCUGUUCACCAACCUGGGAGAGGAGUUCAACACACAGAUCCACGUCAGGAGUCUGGAAAUGUUCAAGAAGAUGCCGGAGAUCCUGAGCUACGUGACGACUGACAGGAGGACGCAGAUUCAUGCCUGUCGACACCCAAAGGCCGACGAGUUUUUCCAGGGCAACAGGCUGCCGUGCGGCUGCAUAGCCUCCGACGGGACUCCUCUCCGCAUCAUCAGCAUCAAACCUUCCACCAUGUGGUUCGGAGAGAGGUUGAGGAAAACCAACGUAAUUGUAAAAACAGGAGCCAGUUCCUUCAGAGCCUGCUUCAGUUUCCACUCGUCCUACUUAGAGCUGAAAGAUUUCCUCUCCUACCUGAAACCCGUCAACAUCUACCCCAGUGUGGUCCCCAUGGGCCGGACUCUGACUCAGGUCACCCAGAUGUUGAACCAGAUGUGCAGAAACCAAUCUGAUCAUGCAGCAACCGUAUACAAACCUCUGGGAGUCCUCAAACGCAGCAUGGUGCAGCGACCUACAUUUGAUCCAGACAGCGAUGACGAACUCUUUGAUGGCCUCGACUUGGCGCCAGUGAGGAAGAAGAUGGGGCUGGAUCAGGAAAUACACGAAGUGAAAGUGCCUCAGAAAACAGCGCCCCCUGCUUCCAUGGAGGAGUCAUUACCUCAGACGGUCACACAAGCUGUCGCAGGCAACUAUGUGGACUGCACCGAGUCCAAUGAUGAAGAUGAGGAUGAUGAGGAUCAGAUGGAGGAGGAGGAGGGGGAGAACGAGGGAGCAGGGGAUGAAACUCUAAUAAUGGAGGAGGGAGAAAAGACGAUGAAGGAAAACGAGAGACAUGAAGAAACGGAGAAAAAUAAGCUCAAGGUGGAAGGACGCGAUCCCUCUGAUCUGCCGAAAUGGGAUGAUUUCUUCACCGUGGAGACGCUACCUGACAGCCAGAGCAGCCUCAGCAGCCAAUUACAAUCCUGCUGCUCUGUCCCAAGCCCCGCCCCUUCCCGAAUGACGGGCUCACAGACCCCUGAGCUGUUCAGCGAAGAGGAGGAAACCCCGAACAACGACGAAAACUUCAGCCUGACCCUGUCCGCCUCCCUGUCCAAUCAUUCCUCCCAGAACCUGGACUCGUAUUUACCCGACACCGUCAUCCUUCGUCCAGAACGGGAACAACUGGAAGACGGAGACCCGAGGAGCAAAACUGUGUCUUUGGAGGAAACGAACAACGACCUAAACAUUCAGUCAGAGCCCGAGGAGCUCUCGGGGUCUCAGGUGUCGUCGGACUUUGACAUUCCCUGCACGCCCGAGUCGAAGACGCCCCGGCCCGAUGAGCUGUCGCAGCUGUACAGGAAGCUGGCGUCAGGAGAGGAAGUGGUCAUCAGACAGAGGGAUUGAGAAAAAGAAGCAAAGCUCACCAAAAAAAACUUUAACAUUCUAGUUUGUCUCCAGUGAAGUGUAGUAGUGUCCUACUGAACGUGGACAGCGAGCUGAGGGUCAGAUUGAAUUAGCUCAGAUUGUAAAUAAAUUCAGUUAGAAUGAGAUUCUAAAUCAGCCACACUGAGCACUUUAAGUCCACGAGAGGUUUGAUUAACUCCAUGCAGCUCUACGGCUUUGAACACACAGAUCUUUAUACAGGAUUUUUGACAUUUGAUGAGCUUUAUGACAUUUACAUGAAGCACUCUGAUGUUGACACAAACGUCUCAGGUUUUAUGGAUUCAAAUUUCAGCAGAAAAAUAUGUUUUCCCCAAAUUCAGCCGA